UGUGGAUAACCAGCUUCCGGUUCCGUCGGGCUAAUCCUCUCCUAAGCUACGUGUCUCUGCCUUCUCAGACCGCCAUCCCGCAAUCAGCCAUGGAUCAGGUAAUGCAGUUUGUUGAGCCAAGUCGGCAGUUUGUGAAGGACUCAAUUCGGCUGGUUAAGAGAUGCACCAAACCCGAUAGAAAAGAAUUUCAGAAGAUUGCCAUGGCCACGGCCAUAGGAUUUGCUAUCAUGGGAUUCAUUGGCUUCUUUGUGAAACUGAUCCACAUCCCUAUUAAUAACAUUAUUGUAGGUGGCUGAGUGCUCUCUCUUCGUGGGAACUAGUGAACAAAUGAGUGUGUGAGCUCAUGAAGUAAAAAAUUGCCUGUAUACUUUGUGUUUUUCUUUCCUUCUCCCUAGGCAGUUUUCUAUUUCUAAAUUAAAAUAAUUGCAAAAUAAACAUUUUUUUCCAUAAUAGACAUUGAUUAAAUUUAAGUGACAGAUUAUCCUGGAUUUCAUUUUCUUGACUCUUUGAUUUGAAGGAAAAAUUAUGAUAACCACGGAAGCAUUGUGAAUUCAGAUGCUUUUCUUCCUUACACUGUUUGGGCUAUAACAAAAUGCCCGAAGCUGGGUAGUUCGUAGGUAAUCGAUUCAUUUUCCCAUUCUGGAGGCUGUGGAGUCCAAGUGUAGCAGUGCCAGCAGAUGCAGGUGCUGCUGAGAACCUAGUCUUGGUACUUCAGAGGGGGCCUGUGGUGGUCAGGGUGGCUGAAGGACAGACAGUUGUGUGAAGAUCCUUUAAUAGUGGCCACAGUCCCAUCUAUAGGGAGGGUACUAGGUGAGCUAAUUACCUCCUGCAGAAAUGACCUCAGUACUGUGUAUUGGAGAUUACAUUUCCAUGUGUGUCCAGAUGUUUUGCUGUAGUAGAAUAGCAAGUAAAUAAUGGGAAAGAUAGCAAACACAUUACUUUUGAGGUAGGAUAGAGGUUUUGUCCAUAUUGCACUUAAAUUGUAAAUAGAUAAUCAUGCAGAAGUUUAGGAGAUACUUGAAACAGCUUUUUGAAGUCUGGAGGUGAAGUUCCUUCCCCAAUAUAUACUAACUGGUCACACUCCCACAAAUAUUGACAUUCUGAGUUUAUGAAUUUUCUGAAUUCUCUUUUUAGCUACUGCACACAUGGUUAAACAUUGAUUGGUAGUUACUAAGGUAGCAGAUAUUUUACAUAUCUUUGUUUUAUAUUGCUAAUAUCAUGGCACAUACUGGGUAACUUAUUAAAACCUAUUAGAAUUCAAAAGCUGGGUAUUUCAGUGUUCAGUCCCAGCAUCUAGCAAGGGUCUUGUUGGGACCCCAUCCUAUGAUAGUGACUGAGAGAGCAGGAAGUGGUAGACUGGCAGCCUCAAGCUAUUUUGUAAUUGUUAUUCAAUCCAUUUAUGAAAAUAAAGACUUCAUGAUUUAAA